AUGCCGACUUCAUUCCUAGGCAUACCACCCUCUAGCCGCCGCUCGACCGCAAGUACGCGGCAGAGAGAGAACAGAUCUGCGCAGAUCACCCAAGCUGUCUCUCACAGAAGACGCAAGUCUCGUUCUCCUGAUGCGCGCGCUCUUGAGGAGGUCGCUAUUGCAAGGAAUGAUUCAGGACACCGCAAAAAGAAGAGGCCACAUCUCCAAUCCUCAGCCACAGCUCCCGUUGAGCUACAUUCUGGUAUCUCUGACGAUGCUGCCCCAGAGCGUGGACGCAAGGCGAAGGGAAAACAUCGGGCGCAGUCAUAUUUCGUCGAACAGGGUGAGAGCCUUGUCUUGAGAGAACUGGCUCGGCCAAGUGCCGGAAGCAUGCGCGGCAAGCGUAAAGAUCGGUCAAAGUCUCGCGAACUUCCUCCGUUGCCUAGUAAAUCACCUACGCCGGAACUACAAGAGCUCGCAGAAGAUACAUCCGAAUAUAGUGGCGCGGACUUUCUCCGUAUGAAACUAGAGUUGGAGAAUUUGCGGAAGCAAUUGUCUGUAUCAAAGAAGACGGUCCUCAAACAGAGCAAAGUUAUCGACGAGUUAAGAAGGGAUUUAAGCCAUUCAACGAAGGCUCAAAAAGAUAACGAAAGCGAAAUCAAGAAGCUGAAAGAUCUGACGAAGAAGUCGGAUGAACUUGUGGCGAAUGUUGAAACCAACCUUACUUGUCAAAUAUGCAUGGAUUUAUUGUCAAGACCACAUGGCCUGUCUCCUUGCGGUCACGUACUUUGCCAGGGCUGCUUGCAAGAAUGGUUUCGCUCUGCGCCGCCGAAUGAUGAAGACAUGCAUGAUGACUUCCCCGAUGACGUCCUUUAUCGCAAGAAGACAUGUCCGUGCUGCCGGACUGCUGUACGCAGCCGGCCAAUUCCGAUCUUCCUUGUGAAGUCUCUUGCAUCUGCCAUUGAGAAGGCGAAGGCGUCGCCCAGUGCGCCUCCGCGAGCGACGCCGCCGCCCGAAGACGAUCCUUGGGCAGGCAUCUUCUUGGAACAUGACUCCGAAGAGGAUUGGAGCGGGGAGGAAUCUGAUGAUGAUUACGACGAUGACGAUGGCUGGUCAUUCUACGGGUACGGGACACCCGACGACGAAGAGAGCUACGAAGGCCCGUACGCCCAUCCGCAGUGGGCGCCGCCGACAGUCAACGUAUCCCCCGCGGACUUCCCGUUUCUUGAUUCGCUAGACGGAGACGACCUCGCGAUGCUGCGGCGCGGCGCCACGCUGCAGAUGAUCGACCUUUUCUCGAUGCGCUACACACAUGAGUCGGGCCUGCAGGCGGUCGUGGACAACGCAAAUGUGAUAUUCCUCGGGUGGAAUAUUGAGCUGCAUGAGGGCGACGAAAUGGGAGAGCAGUUCAUGGAAUGGAUCACCGGGGACAUCUUCGAGCGACCGGAGCGCUGGGAGAUCAUGGAGGACAUGAACGGGUCGUGGACGGCGUGGAGGCUCGUGCCGCAGGAUGAGGUAGAGGAGUACGAUACGAGCGAUUCGGAGGCGUGGGCAGCGGAUAUGGACGAAGAUGUGGACAUGUAA